AUGAGCAAACCUUUUUAAAUAGAUUAUUCAACAUUAUUGGAUUUUAUACAAAAUAUAAAGUAUAAAAAAUCCAAUAUUCCAUCAAAUUUAAAAUAAAAUUUAAGUUUAAAUAGCUCUCAUGAUUUUUUAACUUAUGAACAAUAUCUAAUUUAACCAAAUUAUGAUAACUUAGUAUUAAUAAAUCCUAAAUUUGAUGAAAAUUAAGAUAUUGAAAUAGAAUACUCAAACUAAUAGGAUUGGUUUUAUAAAAAUUAAAAAUAAUAAGAUAAAGAAGAAUGGCAUAUCAUAUUUGGUUCUAGUAUGUUUCUAGAAUCAGUUUCUAAAAAGGAAUAAGCUUAUUAAAUAUGCUAAAUUUUUCCUCUAAUCGAUGAAUUACUUGAUUACAUUCAAUUCACAAGUUAAUCAAAGGAUUUUAGGAAACUUUUUAUCCCUGAUAAAAAAACUUUCUAUUCUAUAUUAAUAAAAAACAUUGCAGAUUCCAAAAAUUCAUUUUCUAAUGUCUUUUCUAUUAGACCACAUGCUAUGGAAAAUAAGGAGACUUACACUGAAAAAAUUUUGAAGGCAUAAAUUACUUUAAUACUAAACUGCUUUUUAAAAUUAAAGAGUAUUUCAGGUGAGAAAAAAGUAACUAUAAAUACUGGAUAUAUAGGCUGUGGUACUUAUAACAAUAAUCAUAUUUUAAUGGCUUUAUUACAGUUUUUAAUAGCAGACCUAGUUGGUAUUAAAAAAAUUGUUUUUAAUACCCACUUAAAGAGUGAAUAAGCUUUCACUGCCUAAAGAAUUUACACAGUGAUUAAAAACAGUUUUAAGCAGAAUAAAAAUGGAAAUUUUUUAUAAAAGCUCCCAUAAUUUUUGGAAAAAAUUAAUUUUCAAUGUUCAAACUCAAAUACCUAAACAGAAAAUCAAGUUUUAAAUUUAGUAAACUAAUACCUAUACAUUAUUUUAGAACCUAGUGAUCAACUUCAAAACAAUUAAUAUGGAAAAUACCCUGAUUUAAACAAAUAUAUAAAUUAGUAGUAAGGAUUAGAAACUCCAAAUCCAUGCGACUAAAUUAAAAUGAAUAACCAAAUAAAGGAAUAAAUUUAAGGCUUUUAGAAACAAGAAAUGCCUUGUUAUAAUAAUAAUAAUUAUAAUCAUCAUUACAAUAAUAAUCAAGAUUUUAAUUAGGCUUAAAUGAUAUAAAAUUAAAAUUAAUUAUCUAAUGAACAUAUUUUUUUGAAGUCAAUAAAUGCUUAAUUUUAAGAAUAGAAUGAAAAAAAACAAUAAAAUUUAAUAUACUAAGUAGAAUAGAAAAUCGUUUAGGAUGAUUUCCAAUCUUUAAAUCUGAAUGCCUUUGAUUAAAGAAUGAUUAUUUAAAUAUCAAAGCUUUUAUAAACUAAAUUAAAGAAACUUCAUAAGAACAAAUAAUUUCUUUAUGAUAGAUUUAUGCACAAAGAGCUAAUUUCUCAAGUAUAGCAUGAUAUGCUUUAUAUUAGAUGUAUUCAAAAUACGCCUUAUCCUCCAGAUUAGUUACUUCCCAAUUUAUUUUAAAUGUAGAAAACAAAAUUUGAAGCAAUUUAGUCAGAGUAUGAUUAUGAAAAAAAUUCUUUCAAUUAAUUUUAAUGGCAUGUUAAUUUUGCUGAUAAAUAAUUGUUUGGAUUUUACGAAACUUCUCUCUUUGCUCAAGAUGAAAUUUAGACAGCUGAAAAUCCACUUUUAUAUCACUUGAGAGAAGAGGCUGUUAUUUAGGCUAAAAUAAACCCUAAACUAUAACCAUUAACUUUAGAAGAUUAAAAUCCUACACCAAUUUUGAUUGUAAACUCGCUAAGAUAAGGAAAAGUAAACACAAAACCUACUUAAAGUAAUCCAUAAGGAAUAUAUGGCAGAAAUUUCGAAAAAGCUGAUUUAAAAAAAAUAGCUGAAGCUUGUGAAUAACUAAAGGAAGAAGAUAUAGUUGAUGUAAAUAUCAUAUCUAUGUGUUCUCUUUCAUAUGAGGCGGGAUCUUAUACUUUAAAUUAAAUAAAAUUUACUUUUAACACUGCUUACAAAUCUUUUAGAGAAGCUUAUAAUACUGUAAAAAGAUUGUACUCUGAAAAUAAUAUUCCUGUGAUAAUAAACACAGGUAAUUGGGGAACAGGCGCAUUUGGUAAUAAUUCUGUACUUAUUGCAAUUAUCUAGCUUUUAGCAGCAGAAAUUUCAUAAGUUGAUGUUUUAAAAUACUAUACUUUUGAUCAGAAAGGUUACGAAGCCUUUAUAAGUGGAAUUUAAGUUUUCUAAAAAAUAAAGAAAGAAAUUUUCAACUAUUAACCUAAAUCCUUUUCAUAAUAUGUAGAAUAUUUCUUAAACUAGAUUUUCAAUUUAAAAUACAAGUGGUCGGUUUCAGAUGGCAACUGA